AGCGACUCUGGUGUGGUGGUAUCUCUUCGCAAUGCGAAGAUGGCACCCCUGCUCCCUCCCACAGGCGCUGAUGCGUUCCGCCGCUUCACCCCAGAAUCCCUGGCAGAGAUCGAGAGGCUCAUGGAGGAAAAGCGAAUAGCCGCAGAAGUAGAGGGGUACGUAGAUGAUGGGCCAUCGGAGCCCAGCAAAGACCUGGAAGCCGGCAAGAGUCUGCCCAUGAUCUUCGGAGAUGCCCCAAAGGAGAUGCUCAACACAGCUCUGGAGGACAUAGACCCCUUUUACAAAGCACAGAAGGUCAGUCCAGAACACCUAAAGCUCACCUAGCAAUUUCGCUGGACUGUAAUACAUUAACAUUUGCUUUUUGUUUUAGUACUUUUUUUUACAUUGUCAUGACUCAAGCAAAGCAAAGAUACUAUAUUCUGACAUGUCAUGACAGCUGACUUAACAUACAUGUGUUGCACGCUAAGGCCCCAAUUUUAUCACUUUAUCACAGGAAAACCGCACUACGGGUUCACGAGAUUCACAAGGUUCUCAAACGUUAAUGCUGUUUCAGAGGUGUUAACUGCAUGCGUUCAAAGAGACACACCCCACACACUGUUCCUUUCAGGGACAUCGCCAAUGGAUAUUGCCACUAACCAAGCCUGUCCUUUAACAUUCUGAGUGAACCCACAGUGUGGUUUUCCUUUAUCUGUGAUAGAUUGAAUUGGGGCUAAGAGAGGUUAGUAAACUAGGCUGCUAGCCUGGAUUAUCUUGCUGGAAUGUCACUGCAGUAUGACAGGAUGGAUGACUUGACAAAUAUGAUUCCAUAAGUAGUUCGGAGUGCAUGUAAAAUCCCUUAUGUCAUGCAUAAGACUGCAUUAUCACUAUGUAAGCUUUGUGUUCAGAGUUUAAUCUUUAUUAUUUACAACAGUCGUUAUUUUAGUCCUUCACUUUGCAGUGCAGUAAUGUCUUUUUAUGUUGUGUUUUUCCAGACCUUUAUCGUGAUCACCAAAGGAAACACAAUCUUCAGGUUCAAUGCUGAAUCAGCUUGCUACAUUCUAAGCCCCUUCAAUCUUCUUAGAAGAGGAGCCAUUAAAAUUCUCAUACAUUCAUAUCCUUUUUAAUGUAGGGACUCUAGCUGCCCUGUGUAGGGAAGGGGGGAUUGUAAGAAGGAUGGUCUUGUAUUGUUGUGGACUGUAUAUAAAGCUGUACCCCAUCAGGGUUUAGCGACCCUUGAUGUUACCAUAUUGGCUAUUGCAGUACAGUCAGUGUGCCCACCAGUUUGCCUUGACUCUAUAUUAAGUUAUUUAGCAUGUUCAUCAUGAUUACCAUUCUGUCGAACUGCUUUUUUAUGACGAUGAGCGACCCACCGUCAUGGAGUAAAACUGUUGAGUAAGUAUACCAACCUGUGAUGAAUUUCAGGCUUGAUUCCUGAAAGGGCUAUUGUAUGUGUCACUGUUUUACCACGAUAUCUAAUGGUUCAGUGUCUUAAGUCAUGUAAACAAUUCAUUAUCUCUGAAUUACAAUGUAGCUCACAGAGAGAGAAUUGCAGAAGAGUGCAUUGGAAAGAUAUUAAUUGUUUUCUCCUUGCAGGUAUGUUUUUACUGGUAUUUAUACCUUUGAGGCCUCAUGCAAAGUGUUGUCAAGAGGCUUUGUUGUCGGACCUUUUACAUUCCUUCGAGAUCCAUGGAAUUGGCUGGAUUUCAUGGUGAUCAGCAUGGCGUGAGUAUCUGAUCACCUGACUGGCUCUCAACGCUCUUUCACCAAUGAUAUAAUUGUUAGCAAACUGGAAUGGUUAGUAAUGUUUUAUAACACAUUUUGUACAUCCAGCCUUUAUUUAUCCAAAUAAGUAAAUUAAGAAAUUCUUAUUUUUGCAAUGACCCCUGGCUACAUUCUAUUCCAGAAAUACGCAGUGCAUUAAAUAAAUGAAUGAAUGAGUUAAUCUUAGAAAAACAAAUGUAAAACAUUUUAAAACAUACCCAAUAAUAAUGCUAACUAAAAAAAUAAAUGAUAUCCAAUAGUUUGUGACAUACAACACGUCUUGUUGCGAGAUGGAUAAAUGGUUUUGGCCACCCUCUCAAGCAGUGUGUCCAUUUGGCCCAAGAACUGGACCAAUAUAAAAAUAGACUCUAUAAAAAAAAGAUAUCAUAUACCACAGCGAACACCAUGUCUGAUGUUUUGUGUACUAUUUUGUAUUUUUUUUAACACACUAGACUUUCUUCAGUGACAGAUCCACUGUUGUCCACUGUCAGUCAGUCCACAAUUAAACAACGUUAAAAGUAGUAACUGACUAAUUAUAUUGCUUGUACUGUGUGUCUCUCCACAGGUACGUCACAGAGUUUGUUGAUCUAGGCAACGUGUCAGCCCUUAGGACGUUCCGUGUACUCCGAGCUCUUAAAACAAUCACUGUGAUUCCCGGUAUGUUUUCAUCCAGCCUGGUCUCAUAGACUAGACGUAACAUAGUACAUGUAAAUCUGGAACACUCCUAAUUAGUAUGAUAUGUUACUGUUGGAAUGGUUACAUAAGACAGAAGGUUACUUAAGGCAAAAACUAAAGUUGGGUGGUUGGUCGGGGUGGAUGGGUAGGCAUAUAACACGAACGUCUAGCAACCCCAAAGGUUGCGUGUUCGAAUCUCAUCACGUUUCAAAUUUAGCAUUUUAGCUAAUUAGUAACUUGCAACUACUUACAAAUGUUUUGCUACUUUGCAACUACUUAGCACGUUAGUUAACCCCAUGUCAAAGGCUGAUGUGUAUGCGGUGGUGAAGUCAGGCGCAGGACACAGAGGAUAAGUAAAGACGACUUUACUCGAACACUAAAUACGCACGAAAUAAACCUUUCCAUCACUGGAGGGAAAAACACCAUAUGCGUAAAUUACACAAAGAGUAUAACACCGACACAAUGCAUCCAAGACACGCGGACAAUAACAUACAAAGACAAAACACAAAACAGGUGAACUUAUACGUGACAUAAUCAAUACAGAAUACGCAACAGGUGUACCCACUAGACAUGACAAAACAAACAUCGAAAACAUCAAGCGGUAGCAGCUAGUACUCCGGGGACGACGAACGCCGAAGCCUGCCCGAGCAAGGAGGAGGAGCAGCCUCGGCGGCAUCCGUGACAGUACCACCCCCUUGACGCGCGGCUCCAGCCGUGCGCCGACCCCGGCCUCGGGGACGGCCAGGAGGACGCGGAGCAGGGCGCGUGGGGUGACUCCGGUGGAACUCCGUCAGGAGGGAGGGAUCUAAAAUGUCCCUCCUAGGCACCCAGCACCGUUCCUCCGGACCGUACCCCUCCCACUCCACGAGAUACUGCAGACCCCCCAUCCGACGUCUCAAAUCCACGAUGGACCGGACUGAGUACGCCGGAGCCCCCUCGAUGUCCAGUGGGGGCGGAGGAGUCUCCCGUAUCUCACUGUCCUGGAGUGGACCAGCUACCACCGGCCUGAGGAGAGACACAUGGAACGAGGGGUUAAUGUGAUAAUCAUUAGGCAGUUGUAACCUGUAACAUACCUCGUUCAAUCUCCUCAGGACUUUAAAUGGCCCCACAAACCGCCGACCCAGCUUCCGGCAGGGCAGGCGAAGGGGCAGGUUUCGAGUCGAGAGCCAGACUCGAUCUCCAGGUGCGUACACUGGACCCUCACAGCGGUGGAGAUCGGCGCUCGCCUUCUGCCUAUGGAUAGUCCGCUGCAGAUGUACAUGCGCAGCGUUCCAUGUCUCCUCCGAGCGCCGAAACUACUCAUCCACCGCAGGAGCCUCGAUCUGGCUCUGAUGCCAUGGUGCCAGAACCGGCUGAUACCCCAACACACACUGGAAAGGGGUCAGAUUCGUAGAGGAAUGGCGUAGAGAGUUCUGGGCAAUCUCUGCCCAGGGGAUAUACCCGAACACUCCUCCUGUCGGUCCUGGCAAUAAGAUCUCAGAAACAUACCCACAUCCUGGUUCACUCUCUCCACCUGCCCAUUACUCUCAGGGUGGAAACCCGAGGUAAGGCUAACCGAGACCCCCAAGCGUUCCAUGAACGCCCUCCAGACUCUAGAGGUGAAUUGGGGACCCCGAUCAGACACUAUAUCCUCGGGUACCCCGUAGUGCCGGAAGACGUGGGUAAACAAAGACUCAGCAGUCUGUAGGGCAGUAGGGAGACCCGGCAUUGGGAUGAGACGACAGGCCUUAGAGAACCGAUCCACAACGACCAGAAUAGUGGUAUUCCCCUGGGAGGGGGGAAGGUCUGUGACAAAGUCUACCGAGAGGUGAGACCACGGCCGGGGGUUGUAACUUCCCCCUGGGCAGGUGUCUAGGCGCCUUACACUGAGCGCACACCGAGCAGGAGGAGACAUAAACCCUCAUGUCCUUAGCCAAUGUUGGCCACCAGUACUUUUCACUAAGGCAGUGCACUGUCCGGCCAAUACCUGGAUGUCCAGAGGAGGGUGACGUAUGAGCCCAAUAUAUGAGACGAUCACGAAUCUCGAGCGGAACGUACGUCCGCCCCACUGGACACUCUGGAGGAGUAGGGUCGGUGCGUAACGCCCGCUCGAUUUCCGCAUCGACCUCCCACACCACCGGUGCCACCAGACAAGACUCCGGCAGUAUGGUAGUGGGCUCAAUGGACCUCUCCUCUGUGUCAUAUCGCCGGGACAGGGCGUCUGCCUUACCGUUCUGGGACCCUGGGAUGUAAGUGAGCUUAAAAACAAACCGGGCCAGAAACAUGGCCCACCUAGCCUGACGAGGGUUCAGUCUCCUAGCUGCCCGGAUGUACUCCAGGUUACGAUGGUCAGUCAGAAUGAGAAAAGGGUGUUGAGCCCCCUCAAGCCAAUGCCUCCACACCUUUAGGGCUUGAACCACGGCUAGCAGCUCCCUGUCCCCCAUGUCAUAAUUACGUUCCGCCGGGCUGAGCUUCUUAGAGUAAAAAGCGCAGGGCCGGAGUUUAGGAGGCGUGCCUGAGCAUUGAGACAGUACAGCCCCAAUACCGGCCUCUGACGCGUCCACCUCCACCUGGAACGCUAAAGCGGGGUCCGGAUGCGCCAGCACCGGAGCUGAGGUGAACAGGUCCUUCAGUUUACUAAACGCCCUGUCCGCCUCAGCCGACCACUGUAAACGCACCGGGCCCCCCUUCAGCAGGGAGGUGAUGGGAGCUGCUACCUGUCCAAAACCCCGGAUAAACCUCCGGUAGUAAUUGGCAAAACCCCAAAACCGCUGCACUUCCUUAACCGUGGUUGGAGUCUGCCAAUUACGCACGGCUGAAACGCGGUCAAUCUCCAUCUCCACCCCUGACGCGGACAAUCAAUGGCCCAGGAAGGAGAUGGACUCCUGGAAAAACAGACAUUUCUCUGCCUUGACAUACAAGUCAUGCUCCAACAGCCUACCCAACACUCGACGCACCAGGGCUACAUGCUCGGCUCGUGUAGAAGAGUAAACUAGAAUGUCGUCAAUAUACACCACUACACCCUGCCCAUGCAAAUCCCGGAAGAUCUCGUCCACAAAGGAUUGGAAGACUGAAGGAGCAUUCAUUAACCCAUAUGGCAUGACGAGAUACUCAUAGUGACCCGAGGUGGUACUAAAUGCUGUCUUCCAUUCAUCUCCCUCCCUAAUGCGCACCAAGUUGUAGGCGCUCCUGAGAUCCAGUUUUGUGAAGAAACGCGCUCCGUGUAAUGAUUCCGUCAUACUCGCAAUCAGAGGGAAAGGACGGUAAUCAAUACACGGGCGCAACCCUCCAUCCUUCUUCUUCACAAAAAAGAAACUCGAGGACGCAGGAGAAGUGGAGGGCCGUAUGUUUCCCUGUCUCAGAGACUCGGCUAUGUAUGUCUCCAUAGCCGCCGUCUCCUCUUGAGACAGAGGAUAGACAUGACUACGCGGAAGUGCAGCACCUGCCUGGAGGUCUAUCGCACAAUCCCCCUGUCUAUGAGGUGGCAGUCGCCCUAGUCUUGCUGAACACGAGUGCCAAAUCAUCAUACUCAGGAGGAAUGUGCAGUGCGGGCACUUGGUUCGGACUUUCCACCGUGGUCGCCCCUACGGAAACACCUAGACACCGCCCGACACACUGGUCAGACCACUCCUUGAGAGCCCUCUGUUGCCACGAAAUGGUGGGGUCAUGGGCGAUUAACCAAGGAAGCCCCAGCACCACGGGAUAUGCAGGAGAGUCGAUCAGAUACAACUGAAUGAUCUCCUCAUGACCCCCCUGCGUCUUCAUCUUUAGUGGCGCUGUGACCUCCCUAAUCAACCCAGAUCCCAACGGACAGCUAUCUAGGGCAUGGAUAGGAAAGGGCACAUCUACUGGUAGGAGGGGAAUCCCUAACUUAACACAAAAAUUACGAUCAAUAAAAUUCCCAGCUGCGCCUGAAUCGACUAGCGCCUUAUGCUGGGAAUGAGAUGCAACCUGGGGAAAUACUACUGGUAUACACAGGUGAACAACAGAGAGCUCUGGGUGAGUUGGGCGCCUACUCACCUGGAAUGACUCCCCAGUGCGUGACCUGUUACCUCGAUCCCCUGGAGGCCCUCCCCAGCACCUAACCGCAGUGUGUCCUCCACGACCACAGUUGGUGCAGAGGACGGCCUGCCUCCGGAUCUCUCUCCUCCUCUCUCUAGCGCCAGCACCCCCGAGCUCCAUAGGGCUCGGCUCGGAGGUGCUGGGGGAUGGAAUGGACGGCCCCAACUCCGGACGUCCGCGGGUAGCCAGCAGGGCAUCCAGACGGAUUGACAUAUCCACCAACUGAUCGAAGUUUAGAUUGGUGUCCCUGCAGGCCAACUCUCGUCGAACGUCCUCUCGCAGGCUGCACCGAUAGUGGUCGAUGAGGGCCCUCUCAUUCCACCCCGCAUCCGCUGCUAGAGUCCGGAAGUCCAGGGCGAACUCCUGUGCGCUCCUCUUCCCCUGUCGGAGGUGGAACAGACGCUCCCCCGCCGCUUUACCCUCUGGGGGAUGAUCGAAAACAGCCCUGAAGCGGCGGAACUCCGCGUAGCUGAUGGUGGCGGCGUCUAUUCCCCUCCAUUUGGCAUUGGCCCACUCCAAAGCCUUGCCGGAUAGACGGGAGAUGAGGGCGGAAACGCUUUCGUAUCCCGAGGGUGCCGGGUGUAUGGUUGCCAGGUAGAGUUCCACUUGAAGUAGGAACCCCUGACACCCGGCUGCGGUGCCAUCAUAUGCCCUCGGGAGCGAGAGCCGAAUCCCACUGGACUCCGGAGAUGGUAUGAUGGGGCUGGCCGAUGGUGGUGGUAAUGUAGGAGGAGGUGUGGGCAAGCCUCCUCUUUCCCAUCGGCGCAGGGUGUCCAUCACGUCUUGCAUGGCGGAGCCGAGUCGAUGGAUCAUGGCGUCCUGGCUGCUGACCCGAUCCUCCAGUGACUUGGGCACCGCCGCUGCUCCUGCUGACUCCAUGGGUUGGUAUGUUAUUCUGUCAAAGGCUGAUGUGUAUGCGGUGGUGAAGUCAGGCGCAGGACACAGAGGAUAAGUAAAGACGACUUUACUCGAACACUAAAUACGCAUGAAAUAAACGUCUCCAACACUGGAGGGAAAAACACCACAUGCGUAAAUGACACAAAGAGUAUAACACAGACACAAUGCAUCCAAGACACGCGGACAAUAACAUACAAAGACAAAACACAAAACAGGUGAACUUAUACGUGACAUAAUCAAUACAGAAUACACAACAUGUGUACCCACUAGACAUGACAAAACAAACAUCGAAAACAUCAAGCGGUAGCAGCUAGUACUCCGGGGACGACGAACGCCGAAGCCUGCCCGAGUAAGGAGGAGGAGCGGCAUCCGUGACACCCCAACCUUAACCCUUUAACCUAACUCCUAACCCUUAUCCCUAGCCUAGCUAACGUUAGCCAUAAUAAAUUGGAAUUCGUAACAUAUCAUACGUUUUUGCGAAUUUGUAUGAAUUGCAAUUCGUAACAUAUCAUGCAAUUUCUAAUUCGGAACAUAUCAUACGAAAUGGAUGAAGGAUAUCCACAAAUUCAUACAUACCAUAUGAAACGUAAUAUAUCAGACUAAUUGGAGUGUCCCAGAUUUACAUUUACUACGUUACAUCUACCCGAGUCCAGGUUGUUUCAUCUGCAGUUCUUGUUGAGACUCGCCAAACUGAUGUCAAUAUCAAAAUGUUUUCUUGAUAUGUCUUCAAUUAAUUGACCUGGUUUGUAUGCACACGUUCAGGCUUAUUGAACUAUUGACACUGUGAUGUCAGAUGAUAAUUAUAGUAAUAGUAUCCAAAGCGACUUACAGUUUACACAGUCAAACAUAUAGUAUGUGUGGCCAAUUCAGGAAACAAACCAAUAACCUUGGUGUUGACAGCUCAAUGCUGAAACCAGUAAGCCUUCAGAGCCACUAUGCACUAUCUGGUUUAUCUCGCCCUGUAGACGUGUCACUGACAUGCAUCCAUUUGACCAGGAUUAAAAACCAUCGUGGGCGCCCUGGUCCAGUCUGUAAAGAAAAUGGUGGACGUGAUGAUCCUCACUGUUUUUGCCCUGGCCGUGUUCGCACUCAUCGGCCUGCAACUCUUCAUGGGAAAUCUGCGCAACAAGUGUGUCCGAUGGCCCAUCCUCAACUCGACGGUGUUCGACGAUUACAACUCCACCUCGUCGCUUGACGGCACCAUGGGUUUCGGCGACAUGUCAAAUUCCACUAUUCCUUUUGAUUUCAAGGAGUACAUCAGCAAUAUAGGUGCGUUUGAACCACUGAGACAAGUCAUCUGUUCCUCUACUUCAGGCUGAUGUGACGUUAUGACCAGUACUUUUAGUUUUGUGUUUGAUUUGCUCUGUCUUUCGGCUAUAGAGAAUCACUACUAUUUGGAAGGCAGUCUGGAUGCUCUUCUCUGCGGAAACAGCUCUGAUGCUGGGUAUGUUACUUUGUGAUAACAUAAACGGCACAAUGAUACAAAGAUAAGACAUGGAAUGUAUUUCUUACAUUUCGUAAAGCAAUAUCAGGGUUUUGAUGGCAGGAUGCACACCACUGUAGCAAACAGAACACAAUUGGAAAAGUAGUCAAAUGUUAUGUAAGCUAUACACACAAUACACCUAUCAGAUAUAAGUGAUGAGCUUGUCUCUGACAAGCAGCAUUCUAGAUGUUGAGGAUUGUGGGGUCAGGGAGGGUGGCCGGCUGUGUCCAAACUGAUUCUUCACCACUGCCACCACUGCUGAUAGGAAGUGCCCAGAAGGAUUCACGUGCAUAAAGGCUGGGAGAAACCCCAACUACGGCUACACCAGCUACGACUCCUUCGGCUGGGCCUUCUUGUCCCUCUUCAGACUCAUGACGCAGGACUACUGGGAGAACCUGUUCCAACUGGUUAGUACUUAUAUUAUAUAGUAUAUAAUGAUAUACUGUAUAAUAGGUACACAUUUAAGCCUUAAGUUUGACUUUUCCUGGACUUUUUCCUGUAAAAAUGUGAGUGCUUUCCAUUCCUCGAAAGUGACUGCAGGGAGUGUGCCUAAAGGAAUUUCAUGAGGCCUACUACAAACUGCAUGUUGGCUUACCAUUUUGUGUCAUCCUCCAAACUUGUCUUUACAUGCCUCUCCGUAUGCAGACACUUCGAGCAGCGGGGAAGACGUACAUGAUCUUCUUUGUGCUGGUCAUCUUCCUGGGUUCCUUCUACCUCAUCAACCUCAUCCUGGCCGUGGUUGCCAUGGCCUACGAUGAGCAGAACGAGGCCACUCUGAAAGAGGCGCAGGAUAGGGAGGAGGAGUUUCAGAGGCUUCUGGAGCAAUACAGGAUCCAAGCCCAGGUCAGGUGACUACUACUGCAUAUCCUUAUGACAAAACAGGCCAAAUCAAACUACUUCCUUAGCGCUAUGGCAGACUCUGUUAGUGAUCCCUCUAAAUUCUGGAAAACUGUUAAUUCACUGAAGCGGGGUAAUUCCUCUACUUCCCUGCCUAAGAAAGUAGUUUUAGACUCCUGCAUUAUUAAUAAAAAAGUUAAGAUUUGUGAUGCUUUUAAUCAGCAUUUUAUCUCAGCUGGUUUCUUAUUUGAAAGAAAUGGUGGUCAUAAUGGUCUUGGCCAGUCAGUUGACUGUUCUACCCACAUACAGCCUCCAGUUGCCUCGAUGGAUGAUCAGUCAACCUCACAUGACUUCGGAAAUGGUAGUCAGGGUUUUUUUGGGGGGCAAUUCACAGAAACAAAAGUUAUUGCUGCCUUAUUAUCUAUUGACACCAAGAAGUCAUUAGGGGCUGACUAAUUUGGACCUGUCUUUGCUUAGUAUGCAGCGCCCUUAUUGCUGGCUCAGAAACACACAUUUUUUAAUUUAAAUUCAGUAUCAGGAAAUAUUCCAAAAGUGUGGAAAGCAGCUUUUGUGGUGCCACUCCAUAAGGGUGAGGAUAGUAGUGAUCUUGAUAAUUAUCAACCCAUUUCCAGGCUCCCUUGUCUUGCUAAAAUCUUAGAAUCAAUCAUUGGUCAAGAAAAAGCUAUGUUAUUUCCUAUUUAUAAAUGGUAUUCUUAAUGUUAUUGAAUCCGGAUUCAGACCUAAACAUAGUAACACUACAUAUACCAUGCUUGUUGUAAAUUAUAUUGCAAAUGCCAUAGAUGAUAGAACGAGUUGUGCUGCCAUGUUUGUAGACUUGUCAAAAGCUUUUGAUACUGUAGACCAUGUUAUUCUGUUGAAUAAGCUGUCCUUGAAAGGGUUGGGUAAUGAUGCUUGCCGAUGGUUUCUUAAUUAUCUCAAUAACAGAACUCAGGGCAUCAAGGUAGAUGGGGUAAAAUCUGAGUUCCUUGAGUUACAUAAAGGGGUGCCCCAAGGUUUGAUACUCGGCCCACUACUGUUUACAAUCUAUAUAAAUAACAUUGGUAAUGCUGUAAAAAAUAAAAUAUAUUAAUUUGUAUGCCGAUGAUACAGUGUUGUAUUCCAUUGCUCCAUCGGUUGGCCAAGCCUUUUCAAAUUUGAAAUCAGAUUUUCUAGCACUGCAGAGGUCACUAUUGGAUCUAAAGUUAGUGCUAAAUGCAAACAAAUCCAAAUGCAUGCUUUUUUCUAGGCCCAAUAAACCAGAUUUAAAUGAAUUUGUAAUGACUAGUUUGAACGGUACACAAAUUGAGCGAAUUCCUUCCUACAAAUAUCUUGGUAUCUGGCUUGAUGAAAAACAUGUCACUGAGCUGGUGAAGAAGUUGAAGUUCAAGGUUAGUUUCUUUUACAGAAAGAAAGCAUGUCUGACUUUUGUUAAUAGGAAGGAUAUUGUCCAGGCCACUUUUAUGUCUAUUUUAGAUUAUGGGGAUAUUAUCUAUAUGCAUGCAGCAGCAUCUACACUUAAACCACUAGAUGCUGUUUUUCAUUGUGCCCUUAGGUUUAUUACUGGUCAUGGUUAUAGAACUCACCAUUGUUUUUUGUAUCAAAAAGUGGGUUGGGCCUCUUUCUAUGUAAGGAGAGAGCAGAAUUCUCUUCUGUUUAUUUACAAAGCACUCAUGCAGAAACAUGAUUAAUUAAAUGUAGACUUACAAAUGACCAAACUCGGUCACAGGCUAGGAUAACACCGGAGGUCCCUUCAGUCUCCACAGAGUUGGGUAAAGCUGCUUUUAGUUUUUUUGCUACCUUUAUGUGGAACAACUCACAGAGAUCUCUGAAAUUAGAUGUUCUGGUCCCCCUUGGUCAGUUCAGAGAAAUGAUCAGAGACCUCUAUGUUGAUAAAUGUGUCUGUUUUUCUUAAUUUGUAAUUUUGUAUAUUGUAUAAAUGUUUGAUGUAUUUAUGCAGGGCUCAUCUGAAAAAGAGACCCUUGUCUCAGUAUGACUUCCCUGUCAAAUAAAAGUUUAAUAAUAAUUUAAAAAAGAUAUGAGAAAUUAUGACAUCAAACUGAACACCGCUAUGUAAAUUCCAUUUUUCAAAGCCUCAGUAUAUAUGGAAUAAUUUACAUAUCAUUAGGUUGGGGCAAUCGACUAAUGGUAUGCUGAAUGGCAACCAAAUAGCACAGCUUGAGCUUACUUUCUCUUUGCAUCAGGGAUGCUGGCCCACUAAACCUAAAUUAUUAUCCUUUACACUUGAGCUGCACAAUUAAUCGAAUUCACAUCAAGAUAUUGACCUGUGCAAUAGGGUAAAUCAAUUUGAAUUCAAUAACUUUUUGACAGAAUCCCUUUUGAUUUAAACAAAACUUUCCAUACGUGUUUGCCCAUGGAAGAAGUGGUCAGAAAGUGACUUUUUGGACCUGAAUGCCAAAACAUUUAGGGGAUAGAGGUGCUCAAAGUUGACCCAUUUUGCAUACACCACCAUAUCAUGAGACAUCCAUGUAUUCAUCAUUGGAAAAGAUAAACGGUGGAGUUUGAUAUCAUUUAAAAGCUUACAAACAGAGUUGUCAAACUAUUUUAUAAUUUCUUUAAAAAAAAUGCUUUUUAAUAAAAAAUAUUACAGUUUUUAACGUCAAUUAUCUAAACUUGUAAACUCACUCUGGGGUUUUUGUGUUGUGCCCGCCAUUGGUUGAAACACAACAUGUUCUUGAAUACAGGGAGUGUGUAAUUUCAAUCAUAGAACUAGAAUUCAUAGAAAUUGACCUAUCCCAUCAGACCACUGCAAUUUAGCUGGAACACCAUUGAAUUGAAAUGUUAACUUUAAUUACUACCACAAAGAUGGCCGCCGGUACACCCACCGUUGAAUGUCAACUUAAAUGGUCAUGUCUUCUAUUAUUUCUAUAUCUAUGAUUUCAAUAGAAAACCUAUGGAGGAUUGACAGUAUAAUUUAAAAAAAGAGAUAUUCCCAUUCAAGUCAACAUUCUCUGCGUGGACCGCCAACCAUCUUUGUGGUACCAUUUGAAAGUUGAAAUGUCCAUUUGAUUCCCAUUUUAGUACGUUUGUCAGCCAAAACAUGACACCCACCCUAUAUUCAAGAGAAUGUUGUGUAUCAAACGAUGGCGGGCACAACACAAAAACCUCAGAUGAUGUAAAAUAGGGUCUAAGCUACAACAUAUGUGAAUAUGAAAAAAAUAGUAGGUAAAGAAAAUGACAAUUUGUAUUAAGAAAAAGUUUUUUCAAGAAAUUAUAAAAGUUUGACAAACCUGUUUGUAAGCUUUUAAAUGAUAUCAAUCUCAACCGUUUAUCUUUUCCAGUGAUGAAGACAUGGAUGUCAACUUCGAGCACUUUUGUCUCUUGAAUGUUUUGGUAUUCAGGUCCAAAAAGUCACUUUCUGAGCACUUCUACAACAGGCAAAUACAGUAUGCAUGGAAGUUUCAUUCAAAUCAAAAGGGGUGCUGUCAAAAAGUGACUGAAUUCAAAUGGAUUUACCCAAUAUCCAUGUUGCAAGAGAUAUCCAUAUCGGAAAGUUUUGAAACACCACUCAGCAGCGUGUAACGUUUAAAAAAAAAUUGUUUACUCUGUUUUUCGUCUCUCUCCAUCUCUCUUCUUGCGGCUAGUUCCCACACACACCAAGCUUCGACCCCUGUCACUUAAGCAGCACAGAUCCUCCUCCUUGCUGUUAGAUUCACUUAUAUUCACUAUACGUUUGCAUGCUGUUCUGUUAGGUCAAAUGCAGUCAACAGAUUGUUCCAAACAAGAACAAUACUGCUUUCCACUUUGCUUUUUAAUAAUUAUAUUUCUAUGUUCUGAUCUACAAUGAGUGUACAUAACAUUUAGAACAUCUGCUCUUUCCAUGACAUAGACUGAGCAGGUAAAUCCAGUUGAAAGCUACACUGUAUGAUCCCUUAUUGAUGUCCCCUGAGAUGAAGGGGAGAAGACAGGUUAAAGAAGGAUUUUUAAACCUUGAGACAGUUGAGACAUGGAUUGUGUAUGUGUGCCAUUCUGAGGGUAAAUGGGCAACACAACAGAUUUAAGUCCCUUUGAACGGGAUAUGGUAGUAGGUGCCAGGCGCACCGGUUUGAGUGUGUCAAGAACUGCAACACUGGUGGGUUUUUUACGGUCAACAGUUUCCUGUGUGUAUCAAGAAUGGUCCACCACCCAAAGGACAUCCAGCCAACUUGACAACUGUGGGAAGCAUUGGAGUCAACAUGGGCCAGCAUCCCUGUGGAACGCUUGACACCUUGUAGAGCCCAUGCCCCAAUGAAUUGAGGAUGUUAUGAGGGCAAAAGAGGGUGCAACGCAAUAUUACGAGGGUGCAACGCAAUAUUACGAAGGUGUUCCUAAUGUUUUGUACACUCAAUGUAUAGUUUACUUAUCCAAGUCAAAUCGCAAUUGCAAUAUUUGGUAGCAAUUAGAAAAAAAGAAUAGUAAUUCGAAUUUUUGCCCAUAUCAUGCAGCCCUCACUGGCGUAACAAGGUUUCUAUGGACUCCCGCAAGGUCAGAGUUCACCCCUAAUCAACUACCAAUUAAUUUUUUUGAAUAUACAACUGUCCUGUAUAGCAUACCUGCACCUGCAUGACAUGAGCCCACCUCACACCCUACCAGCUUGUAUAGAAAUAAAGUCCCCCUUCAAAACACUAGCUUACUAGGGAUUGUUUCAUUAUGCAGUCUAGCCUAUUAUCUAUAGCUAAAAACCAUUUAGCUGCUAUAUUUAGGUUUUAUUAAAAUUACACUUCAAUUAGGAAUAACAUUUUUUGCUUAAGGAUAAAUUCAGCCACUAUUUAUUGUUUUGUCUGGCUAAUAGCCUACACAAAUGGGCUGCAAUAUUCAAGGUAAAUUAAAUCAUAUUAAAUUCAACUUGAGAGACUGCAUUUUUGUGUGCAAAUGUUUUCACCACGGCCUGUAGGUCUAGGUUGCGGGUCCGACUGCUGCGGGGAUGUUCGGGACGCAAGUGGCAGACCUACUUUACACAAUUAACUCUGAUUGAUUUAUCAUUGGUGUUCGACAGGAGCAAGCUGACGCUGCUGCUGGAAGUCAGGCGACCCUGACCAGUCGGAAAGAGCUUAGUCAUUACUCUGGGUCACACGGGGGUUCUGCGGAUGACGAGCAGAGCCUCGGAGAUGAUGUCAUCAAGGACUGUAACGGGAGAAUCGUGCCCCGUCUGGCCAUCAUACCAGUGUCCUCUGAGUCGGAGGUCAGUGUGAACUCUUCUUGCUAAUGUUUAUCUUAUCAGGUCAAUGUUCAUAGGUCAGAAUGGGUCCACAGUUUUGGGAAUGCAGUUUGUUUUGUCUCAUUCUUUUGAUGUGAAUUUGUAAAUGCAGGUUGUUUUGGCUAUUGGUCUUUGUUGUCUUGUAUACACAGCCCUUCUAUGGUAAGAGUUAAAUAACAGCUAAGAUAUUUAGUGACCAGUGAUGAUGAGACUUAACCCCCACCCCCCAGUCGUUUCAUGAUGACGAGGGCAAAGAGGACAGCAUGCUCCAUCUGGAGCAGCCAGGCCUGAAGAACAGAUCGGCCAGUGCUGUUAGUGUUCUCACCGCCGUCAUGGAUGGUAAGAGAGCGACACAUAGUGAAAUGAUCAUGAUGACAAUGAUGAUGAUGAUGCUUGAAUGAUAGUAUUACCAUUGUGAUAUCAUCAACAAUGACAAUGAUAUCAUUUUAAUUCAGCAUUUGUUUCGGAAGAGAGUAAAAUGCACCCCUGCAUUGAUAAUACUGUAUACUGAACAAAAAUAUAAACGCAACAUGCAACAUUUUCAAAGAAGCCAGUUGCAAGCUCCCUCAAAACUUGAGACAUCUGUGGCAUUAUGUUGUGUGACAAAACUGCACAUUUUAGUGUGGCCUUUUGUUGUCCCCAGCACAAGGUGCACCUGUGUAAUGAUCAUGCUGUUUAAUCAGUUUCUUGAUAUGCCACACCUGUCAGGUGGAUGGAUUAUCUUGACAAAGGAUCCAAUGCUCACUAACAGGAAUGUAAACAUUUGUGCACAACAUUUGAGAGAAAUAAUAUUUUUGUGUGUAUGGAACAUUUCUGGGAUCUUAUUUCAGCUCAUGAAACAUGGGACCAACAGUUUACAUGUUGCGUUUAUAUUUUUGUUCAGUGUAUUUUCAGAAAUAAUUUCCCUAUAGAUCCAUUCAUAAUGAAUACAAAUAAUUGUUUGUAUGUCUACUUCAACUACUAACAUAUAUAUGCCAUGAAAUGUACUGUGUACUGUCUCUGGUCUGUUUCUUGCCUGUGAGACAAACACAACUGUCCACAGUAGGAGACAUGUCAAGUCCCCUCAGGCAAGUUUAGAAAUACACUAGGCUUAGUUGGGAGUGGAUGCAGUCUUCGCUCUAAUGUGAAGUGUAAUUGCCUAGCUUAUCAUGUAGUUGUAGACAUGGCCUUCUGACCCCCCCCCCCCCCCCCCCCUCAUUACAGUAGCAUUGUCUGAAGUAUGUCACACACAGAGCAGCCAAUCACAUUGUGUGUGUGAGGGGGGAUAGUGCCCUGUUAAUGUACAGUUGCAUGCCCUCUUGGUGCUAAGCUUGAGCUAUUUCAGCCUUCCGGGGCGGGCUGGCACCACAGGCAUGAAUUCUGGUGUUACCCUCCGUUGCAUUUCAUUGAAAUGUUUUUAGUAUAGAACAGAAAGAUUGCCUAUAUUUGUACACAUUUAACGACACGAAUGUCACCAAUGCAUGUUGAAACAUUGAACUAGGGCAAUGAAUGGCAAAUGUCCCAAAUGCUGUCAAUCAUCCACUCAUACCCUCCUGUCACUUUUUAGAGCAGGACAUUUUGCUCUAAUGUCAGAUCAAUAUUCUAGGGUUGUCUUAGUAGUCUUGGAUAACUUUGUUUUGUUGUCUUUUUUUACUUCAUAACAACGGCAAGAGGAAUGAAUUGCAGAGUUUCCAGCCAUAAUACUAAAGCAUAUUCAUUUUUUGUUUUGUUAUUAUGUUAUAUUAAAACAUUAUUAUUGAACUGGUCAUCUAAACCUCUCCUCUCUUUCUAAUAGAGCUGGAAGGCGCCCAGAAGCCUUGUCCGCCCGGCUGGUACAAGUUUGCCGACAUCUUCCUGAAGUGGGACUGUUGUGUGCCCUGGGUAUGGUUGAAGAAGUGGUUGCUCUUUAUUGUGAUGGACCCCUUCGUGGACCUAGGCAUCACCAUCUGCAUCGUGCUCAACACCCUCUUCAUGGCCAUGGAGCACUACCCCAUGAGCCCAGAGUUUGACCACAUGCUCUCCGUGGGGAACCUGGUAAGAACCUUUAAAGGGGUAGUUUAGCGGCAGAUGUUAGGUUUGUAAAGCUAGCUGUAUUGCUUGCUCAAACUUGCGUUGCUGCUGUAGCUUCCUUAUUAUAACUGCGUGACAUAUCAUUUCAGGUGUCCUGUUGUUCACUUGAAUCGGAUAUUACUUAGUCUGUUCUUGUGUUGAUGAGAACACUUAACAUCUGAGUUAUGGUUUUUGACAUGAUGCAUCCAAAUAACAACUUGUUUAUAUUUCUGAUAUCAAUCCCCCGCUAGGUUUUCACUGGGAUCUUCACAGCAGAGAUGGUCUUCAAGCUUUGCGCCAUGGAUCCCUACUACUACUUCCAGGUCGGCUGGAACAUUUUCGACAGUAUCAUUGUCACGUUCAGUCUGGUGGAGUUAGGUCUAGCCAAUGUCCAAGGCCUGUCCGUUCUCAGGUCUUUCCGUUUGGUAAGACACACUGAUUUCCAGUCAAUUCAUGUCUGUGAAAUAGUAUUCAUAGAUUUACAUUAUUGUACUCAUUUAGUUUACCGGGACAAUGCACAAUAAGGAACUUGCAUCAACAGCACAUAAAGCCAUGAAAAAUGCAAUUUGUGUGUUGUCUGUCUGUCUGUCUGUCUGUUAAUGCACUGUGUGUUGGAGGUAGCUGCGUGUCUUCAAACUAGCCAAGUCGUGGCCCACGCUCAACAUGCUGAUCAAGAUCAUUGGCAACUCUGUGGGCGCUCUGGGAAACCUGACCUUGGUACUGGCCAUCAUCGUCUUCAUCUUCGCCGUGGUGGGCAUGCAGCUCUUCGGCAAGAGCUACAAGGAAUGCGUGUGUAAGAUUGCCACCGACUGUGAGUUGCCGCGUUGGCACAUGCACGACUUCUUCCACUCAUUCCUCAUUGUGUUUCGCAUCCUGUGCGGGGAGUGGAUCGAGACCAUGUGGGACUGCAUGGAGGUGGCCGGAGCCGGGAUGUGCCUGGUGGUCUUCAUGAUGGUCAUGGUCAUCGGAAACCUGGUGGUGAGUGCAGCAGAAACCCAACUGUAACCCUAAUCCCUAAACCUAACCCUCAUCCUUAAAGCUGAGAUCUGCAGUAGUGGGAAAUAGCGCCAUGGACACCCCUCCAACGUUGUUAUUGUUUUUGUUGCCGAGCUCAGGAGCGUCGCGCAGCAUGGUAAAAAAAAUUGCAGUGCAUAUUGUGCUCUUCUAUUGCAUGUGCAAUGAUGUCAGAGGGGAAAAAACAGUGUUUGUUGUUUUCAGUAACUUCUUUGUUGUUGUAAUAUCGCAAACGGACGUAGCUGUUUCACCAUAGAGUCGAUGCCCACUCCCGCAAGGACAUCUAAUUAGCGUAAUACAAAAAUCCCCAUAAAAUCUGUCUGUUUAUGCUAGAUAUAACUGUUUUUGUAUGGGCUGCGUCUCAACCCACCAUAUCCGCUGAUGUCGGCCUUCCGCAUCUGCGGUGGAAGGUGGCAGAGCUACAGUUGUGUUUGUCAGACCAGGAAACGUCCCGUAAAUCGGUUUUCUUACGAAAAUGUCCACAGAGUCCAAAUGGUUUGGGCUAGAAACUAUAAUAUGACCCACUAUGGAAAGCUGAGACUCUUGAAUACCAAGAGUGUGCAAAGCUGUCAUCAAGGCAAAGGGUGGCUACUUUGAAGUAUCUCAAAUAUAUAUUUAGAUUUGUUUAACACUUUUUUGGUUACUACAUGAUUCCAUAUGUGUUAUUUCAUAGUUUUGAUGUCUUCACUAUUAUUCUACAUUGUUAAAAAUUGUAAAAAUACAGAAAAACCCUUGAAUGAGUAGGUGUGUCCAAACUUUUGACUGGUCCUUUACAUAUCGGUUGUUUUGCUCUACGAAGCUCACAAGCCUCACAAGACUCGUCUGAAUGUAACCUAGUACCAGGCUGAAAAAUGUAUGGAAGUGAAUAGGGAAGAUCCACAUAAAAUAUAUACGGGUCAUUGCACUGUAAAAUAAUAGAUAUAUAUUUUUUCUCCUGAGCUUACUUACAUCUCUCAGAUAUAGGAUAGACACUUCAAAACAACACUUUUGCCAGACAGAUUUUAAAUCCAUUAAGUAUUUAGAAACAUACAGCAUCUCCGGUUAGCAUUUCUUGGAGCAUGUAUCAAUGAUAGUGGAAACGGCUGGUGUUUAAUGCUGUGCUCUUGAAAAUGAAAAUGUCCUACAAAACAUCUCCAAAACAUUUAUUGUCUUUGGGAAUUAUACAUAUGAACUGAUAUUGUUAAUCCUUAAUAUAUUCUCUAUCAUAUGUGUAAAUGGUGUCUUAUCUGGUUACGUAAAGACUGGCUGUUGUAUGGAAGAAUAAAUAGAUAUUCAAUGCGAGGGCACAAUAAAUCUUUUAAGUAUAGUGAACAUUCUAGAGAUCCUAGAUAAUGCCUCUCAACAACACACACAGUCCCCAACUGUGAACAUCUGUCACUACUGUCAACUUGUAAAUCUCAUUAACAGUUAUCCGAAAUCUCUGCAGACCUAACGAUUAUAGUAUUGUAAUGCUCAGUCAAUCCAGGAGAUAUUGUGCACACAGCUGAUAGCGAGUCUAUUUCUGGCCCCCUAGAGACACCAAGAACAGACAGACACACUACAUGGCCAAAAGUAUGGGGACACCCCUUCAAAUUAGUGGAUUCGGCUAUUUCAGCCACACCCGUUGCUGACAGGUGUAUAAAAUCAAGCACACAGCCAUGCAAUCUCCAUUGACAAACAUUGGCAGUAGAAUGACCUUACUGAAGAGCUGUGACUUUCAACGUGGCACCAUCAUAGGAUGCCACCUUUCCAACAAGUCAGUUUGUCAAAUUUCUGCCCUGCUAGAGCUGCUCUGGUCAAAUGUUAGUGCUGUUAUUGUGAAGUGGAAACGUCUAGGGGCAACAACGACUCAGCCGCGAAGUGGUAGGCCACACAAGCUCACCGAACGGGACCGACGAGUGCUGAAGCACGUAGCGAGUAAAAAUACAUUUGACCUUUUGGAAUUACCAAUGAGGAGUUAAUCAACACACCAUAUAAGAGUAGAUAAUACAGUGAGGGAAAAAAAGUAUUUGAUCCCCUGCUGAUUUUGUACGUUUGCCCACUGACAAAGACAUGAUCAGUCUAUAAUUUUAAUGGUAGGUUUAUUUAAUCAGUGAGAGACAGAAUAACAACUAAAAAAUCCAGAAAAACGCAUGUCAAAAAUGUUAUGAAUUGAUUUGCAUUUUAAUGAGGGAAAUAAGUAUUUGACCCCUCUGCAAAACAUGAUUUAGUACUUGGAGGCAAAACCCUUGUUGGCAAUCACAGAGGUCAGACGUUUCUUGUAGUUGGCCACCAGGUUUGCACACAUCUCAGGAGGGAUUUUGUUCCACACCUCUUUGCAGAUCUUCUCCAAGUCAUUAAGGUUUCGAGGCUGACGUUUGGCAACUCGAACCUUCAGCUCCCUCCACAGAUUUUCUAUGGGAUUAAGGUCUGGAGACUGGCUAGGCCACUCCAUGACCUUAAUGUGCUUCUUCUUGAGCCACUCCUUUGUUGCCUUGGCCGUGUGUUUUGGGUCAUUGUCAUGCUGGAAUACCCAUCCACGACCCAUUUUCAACGCCCUGGCUGAGGGAAGGAGGUUCUCACCCAAGAUUUGACGGUACAUGGCCCCGUCCAUCGUCCCUUUGAUGCAGUGAAGUUGUCCUGUCACCCCCAAAGCAUAAUGUUUCCACCUCCAUGUUUGACGGUGGGGAUGGUGUUCUUGGGGUCAUAGGCAGCAUUCCUCCUCCUCCAAACACGGCGAGUUGAGUUGAUGCCAAAGAGCUCGAUUUUGUUCUCAUCUGACCACAACACUUUCACCCAGUUCUCCUCUGAAUCAUUCAGAUGUUCAUUGGCAAACUUCAGAUGGCCCUGUAUAUGUGCUUUCUUGAGCAGGGGGACCUUGUGGGCGCUGCAGGAUUUCAGUCCUUCACGGCGUAGUGUGUUACCAAUUGUUUUCUUGGUGACUAUGGUCCCAGCUGCCUUGAUCAUUGACAAGAUCCUCCCUUGGGUUGAUUCCUCACCGUUCUCAUGAUCAUUGCAACUCCACAAGAUGAGAUCUUGCAUGGAGCCCCAGGCAGAGGGAGAUUGACAGUUAUUUUGUGUUUCUUCCAUUUGCGAAUAAUCGCACCAACUGUUGUCACCUUCUCACCAAGCUGCUUGGCAAUGGUCUUGUAGCCCAUUCCAGCCUUGUGUAGGUCUACAAUCUUGUCCCUGACAUCCUUGGGGAGCUCUUUGGUCUUGGCCAUGGUGGAGAGUUUGGAAUCUGAUUGAUUGAUUGCUUCUGUGGACAGGUGUCUUUUAUACAGGUAACAAACUGAGAUUAGGAGCACUCCCUUUAAGAGUGUGGUCGUAAUUUAAGCUCUUACCUGUAUAAAAGACACCUGGGAGCCAGAAAUCUUUCUGACUGAGAGGGGGUCAAAUACUUAUUUCCCUCAUUAAAAUGCAAAUAAAUUUAUAACAUUUUUGACAUGCGUUUUUCUGGAUUUUUUUCUUGUUUUUCUGUCUCUCACUGUUCAAAUAAACCUACCAUUAAAAUUAUAGACUGAUAAUUUCUUUGUCAGUGGGCAAACGUACAAAAUCAGCAGGGGAUCAAAUACUUUUUUCCCUCACUGUAUGUAAUAAGAAGAGGGACUCCCAUUUACAGUAUUUGGAAACCCCAGAAGGAGGGAUCUAGUUCUGCGCUAGACAGUACUUGAAACACCAUAAUGGUGCUUUCAAUCUUUUCUGGGUUAGUUCUCCAGUCUUUGGCAAGGUGUUGCACAACUCUUGAUUAUGAGAUGUUACAACAUACCUUGUCAUGUUUCAGAACACCUCAGGAUGAACGUUUCAGUACACCUAAAAUCUCUUCCAAUACCCUCACAACCAACUGUUUCAAUACUUCAGUAAAGUUAAGGUCUCGUCUCCUUUAGGGUGGUGGCAGCUCAGUUGCCACUAGAUUUAGUGUUACAAGGCACUUCAUUUUAACAGUGUAGUGUCUCGGUUUAUAUGCUGUUUGUCUGGAAGACACAGCAGCCAUAGGCAGUGGGGGACUUGGACGGGGGUUGAGGGGGUGUGAGACACAAACAAAUCUAUGUUAGUGUUGGCACGGGCGCGAGUCCCCAGUGCUUUUGUUAGCUCGUCGAGAUGAGAAUAGCCAUUUCCACUUGAUUAAUAACCACCAGAGAGAGGAAAUGCAUUUGGCCUCACGCCGCAAAUAUUGUGCUUGUGUGAUCAGCUGCUAACAGCUCAUCUGCAUGUCCUUGUUCUGGAAGACGAGGAGUAAUGUCAGGGACAGGGCCUCCCAUCCUGCACGCCAUCAUAGGUGGAGUUGAUUGUCUUAGCCGCCACUUGUGGUUCAAUGCAAUACCAAGGCAUCUAAGCCAACCACUCAGUAGUAUCGUGUCCCUCUACGAAUCCCGUAAUCAUAUUACACAAUAUUAUAACAUACCAGAUAUGAAACAAUAUACUAUAUUUUCAUUUUUAUUAGGGCUGUCAAACGAUUUGCUGUGAUUAAUCGCAAUUGAAUUUGCUCAAAGUGAGCUGUAGAUUAAUAAUAAUUUAUUUAACUUUAAUUCACAAAGUGCAUAAAAAGCAAAACAAACAACAAAAAACAAAUGUACGAUUUGUUAUACAAAAAAUCUUACAAUAAUAUUUUUUCUAAAGUGUCGGGUAGCAUAAUUAGGUAAAUUCAUAAAGAACAUUUUAUUUAACCUCAAUGUAGGGUGUCCAAUCAAAAGUGCAUAUUUUGACCAAUGGGUAAAAUAAUAGGUCAUUUGUGUAUAUAGUGCUCUAAGAAAACCAAUGGUCCAAACCUCAUGUCUCUAUCAUAAUCCGUUCAAAAGUUAUUGGAGUGUUUACCCUUGUAGGAUGGCCAGAAUUAUGGUGAUUAAAUCAAUGGCGGCCAGAGGAAAAAAAGUGUCAGCUAGGCUGGAUUCUGUGAAAGAAUUAAGGCUACUGGAUACCUGACAUACUUACUUUCCCGAUGAACUCCUCUUUCUUCUUGAAUUCACAGGACAUAAAACAAUAAGGAGGUAAGACAGACGUCGAUUUUGAGACAUGACAUGUAGUAUUUUUAUAUUUUAGUAUAAGUUUUUCAUAUUAAUUAGAAAUUCCUGUUCUUUUUUUGAAUAUUUCUCACAAAAACAAGUAACUCUGUGAAAUGGCAAUGGAGCACUAAGUGUAUACCAAGCUUUUUAUUUUCAAAGCCUUUUACAUUUAAUUCAGCUUGUGUCAUGGUAAUUUAGCUUUUUGUUACCAGCAUAAAACAACUUUGAAGAUGACCACCACAAAAUGUAAAAUCUUCAAAAGUUGUUACGAGUAGCCGGCACCUCUAUGUCAACAGUGCUUGUUGCUUAUUAUGGGAUGGAUUAGGUUACGAAAUCAGACUUUUUGGAUAUAAUCUUAAUGAUAUGUUAGAGGAAGAACCCACUGAACGAUUCAGAACAUGAAUAAUCAUAUUUGCCUUGUUAAAAUGUAUUUUAUAACAUAAGGAAGUUAAAUUUCAUCACCAAAGUGUGUUUUCACCACCUCUGGGUAGAGUUGGUGGACACCCUACUCAAUGUCAACUUGUUUUUACAUUGCAUUGUAGAUUUUAUCUGUAUAGAUUAUGUAUUUUGGAUGUUUUCAGUGUAUUUUCAACGCUUUCAGACAAUGCGAUUAAUCAUGAUAAAAAAUAAUUUAUGCACUUAAAUGAUAAAAAGUUUAGUUAAAAUCCUUGAGAGUCUGUUGACGCACUCAUGCGUCAAUCUAAGUAACAUAGAAAAAUCUCCAUCAAAAUCUGUCAGUUUAAGGCUGCAGGGCUGCUUCUCAAUCCACCGCAUCCGCCUAUGUCAGCCUUCCGCAUCUGCUGUGGAAGGUUGCCGAGCUACAGCGGUGUUUGUCAAAUGCAAUAUCAAAGAAUUUUGUAAAAAAAUAAAAGAUACCAAAAGGGUUCCUAAAAUUAUAAAUCAAAUACCUAAAUGAUCCAUGGUAUGACCAUCUUAAAAACAUUCCAUAUGUUAGCUUAGAGGUUUUAACUGAUUAAUUGUGACAGCCCUACAUUUUUAUAUACUGUAUAUACAGUAUAACAUGUGGGGCAUACAGUACAUUAAACAAUAGAUAAAGCUCAUGAAGCUAGUAGGCUUUCAAGCAGUAUUAACUAAAAAGCAGGCCUUAAUUUGCAUAAAAAACAAGUGCACAAAAGGUGCAAACAAGGACGUGUCAAUUAACAACUACAUGAAACAUCAAGAACACUGAUCAAUGAAUCAAAAUGGCUGUUUGACUAGGACAUCAGUGGCCGAAAUGGUACCCAAAACAAAUGUUUUUAUUAAGUGAAUUCAAGUUACGUUUUUAUUGUCAUGUGCACUAGUACAGUGAAAUGCAUUUGUUGCUUGUACUUUCCCAACAAUGCAGUAGUGCAAAAAAAAAGUCAAGUUGAACAAAAACACACAAGAAAUAUAAUUGCUUUUCUGUUUCCUUCUUCAACGUGAUAACAUUUUGUACUCACGUUUUCAUUGACGCAUACUUUCUUGGAUUGUUUUGGAGAGUUUCAUCUGAGCGUUUGGUGUGCUCUUACCUGUCUGGGUUCGUGAAGGAUCCGAAUACAGGGGAUGUGCCUGGAAACUUGCCUGUUUUUAUACUUGACCAAAGAGUUUGUAAGAGGGCACACCUGCCACGAUUGCCCUCUCUCCACCUCCAUGCCUCAGAAUGGGGGAAUUCUGAACAGUACGGCAGCAAAAUGUUUGAAGUUCACAUUUUGCCUUUAUUAGAAACAGUUGUUUUCUGAUAUGGGGGCCCACGUUCCUUACAUGGUACGUAGCUGGGUGGUUGAGUGGGUAAUGUUCUAAACAGAAUUUGCCGUCUUACUGCCUCAGCAGUCGGGGGUUCAAUUCCCGCUUCCACCUGUCCAACUUUCACUCCUUCUCUGUCUCAUCCUGUUUAUAAUCUGUCUAAACAAAGCACAAAAAAUAGUGGAAUUUCACAAAAAAUAUUCAGACUUCAGAUAAGUUGAUUUAACAUGUCAUUUUAAAAAAAUUGACUUGAGUCCAUGUUAAGUCUACUUAUCUCAAGUCUGAAUCGGGCCCCAUGUGUUCAGUGUAACAAGGUUUGGUUCAGCACACCAGUUUAUUCCUGUGGAAUAAGGCAGUCUUUUGACAAGCAGGAGACCUGGGUUCACAUCCACCUCCUCACAUGAAAACCAGUGAUGAAGGCCCACUUUACACGUCACCUCAUGUUACCUCUGCUAUAACUUACAUAACCCUUGUAUGAGAGACACAGUCUGCCAAAACAUAUUGUUUGAGUUUUGAUGCUGCCUUGUACCUGCACUAAAACCCCCAAAAGUGUUUUCACAAGCCGGGGGGGGGGGGGGGGGGCUUCUAUCUAUUUAAGUCAAAUGACUUGAGCCAGCAAACAGUGGUUCUGACCUUGGGUAUAUGCUAAGACCCAGCUCAAGUGAGCCCCCUGGCACGGACGGAACAAACACGGACAGCUGAGCGGCGCACAGCGAGAGGGGCUCAGGGAUCAGAUCCAAGAGAGAGACGUCUGCAGAAUGCAUCACUAAUUGAUAGGGAAGGUAAUCAAAUGUCCCAUCGCAUGAACACGUGCUAUAUGGAAUAUGGGGGAUGUUCCUUUGAGUACAGUUGCGACUUACGAGUAUAGUAACGAUGGGCCGCUCUGAGUGGCAGCCUACAAUUUAUUUUAUGGUUGGUCAUCAUCUCGAUUUGAACUCUUUAUUGUCUUCUCCCCUCUAGCCCGUUUCUCCCCCGACGUCUCUCCUCCAAGCCCUGUAUUUUCUCCAAGAGACUAUUUCUACCAUUCUCAGUCCAGUCCCCCCCCCCAGUCCUUUUUUUCUUCGUGGCGUUAUAUUAGCCCCAAGUUAGACCUUUGCCAGCCCUAUGUCUCAACGCACUGUGUGAUUCCCUCCACAGCCCUAUCCACCGCUACCAUAGCCCUUAAUUUCUAGCCCUUUCACUGGGCCAGUUUUCGAGCCCCUCAUCUCUGCCUUUACCCCCAUUUACCACCUGUCCAGCUGAUCCCCUAGGCCUUGUGUUUCUGCCCCUCUCAGCCCUUUCCCAGUACCUCCGGCUGAUUCACAGCUCCUUACAGAGGAAUGAGAGAGAU